AUGCCUUCGCCGGUUAGAACUCAGCCAGAACAAUCGAAGAACCAGCUUCGAGUUGACGGCGACGUGUUGCCCACAGUCGAAAGUGCGACCUCAGAAGAUCACAUCGAUGACAAGGAAAACAAGCUGGACGAGAACAACGCUGAUUAUGGAGAACCCGACAAGCCGUACUCCGUCUUUACACAUGGCGAGAAGAGAAUCAUCAUCUUCUGCGCUGGAGUCUGCUCGUUCUUGUCACCGGUAUCAGGCCAGAUUUACUUCCCUGCAUUGAAUCAGAUCUCAGCCGACUUGAACGUCUCUUAUGACCUGGUCAACUUGACGAUCACUACAUACCUGAUUAUGCAAGGUCUCGCGCCCGCGUUCAUUGGCAGCCUCUCAGAUGCGGCCGGACGACGUCCAGCCUACAUUGCCUGCUUCAUCAUCUACAUGGCCGCCAAUCUCGGCUUAGGCCUGCAAAAUAACUACGCGGCACUCAUGGUGCUCCGAUGUGUACAAAGCGCAGGCAGCAGCGGCACCGUAUCCCUCGCGCAAGCAGUCGCCGCCGACAUCAUCACAUCAGCAGAACGUGGCGUGUAUGUCUCAUACAUGUCUGUUGCGCCUCAGGCUGGCCCUUCGCUCGGUCCCAUCAUAGGUGGUUUGAUCGGGCAGUACUGCGGCUGGCACUGGAUCUUCUGGUUCUUGCUCAUCGUCAGCGGGACUAUCUUUGUUCCUGUCGCACUGUUCUUUCCAGAGACUUGUCGCAAGGUCGUCGAUGACGGAUCUGUCCCACCGCCGAAGUGGAAUCGUUGUUUGACAAACGCUAUAAGAGAGAGGAGAGCAAUUCGAGAAGGCCACACAAUCCCAUGGGAAGGGCGAGAGGAACUCGCUCGAGCACGAAGCCAUAUCAGAAAGCUCCCCAAUCCCUGGGAGUCGCUCAAGAUCGUCUUCACCAAGCAAGCCGGCUUCAUCAUGCUAUAUGCUGCCAUUGUGGUCUGCGGUUACUACGCCGUAGCAUCCUUGAUCCCAUCUCAAUUCGGCCAAAUCUACGGCUUCAACGAGAUUCAGAUCGCCCUAUGCUACCUCCCCUUCGGCUUCGGCAGCCUGCUAGCAGGCUUGGUACGAGGCCGCUUCAUCGACUCCAGAUAUCGCGUGCACGCCAAAAGACGUGGCCUACCUCUGGAGAAGAAUCGCAAUGUGGACCUCAGUAAUUUCCCCAUCGAGCGAGCCCGGCUGGAAGUUGCAAUCCCAACAUUGGCUAUGGCUGCAGCGGCGGAGAUCGGCUUUGGGUGGAUGGUGCAAGCACAUGUCAAUUUGGCUGGUCCACUGAUCUUCCUGUUCGUCAUCGGCUUCUGUGCCAGCGCUUCAGUGAACGUCGUUCAGGUCCUGCUUGUCGACACAUUUCCUGGUAAAGCUGGCUCAGCUACGGCAGCGAACAAUCUCAUGCGGUGUUGGUUUGGCGCUGGUGUUACGAGUGGAGUCAUUCCCAUGAUCAACAAGAUUGGGAUAGGGUGGACCACCACCUUCUUUGCACUCUUGCCUGUGCUCUUCAGUCCGAUCUUGUGGUAUGUAAUGGUCAACGGGCCCAAGUGGCGGAAAGAGUACCGUGAGAAGAACGAGCAAAAAGCUGCGAAGAAACAGGCCAAGGCUGAUGUGGCUGGAGAGAAGGGGAUACAAGGAAAAUCAUAA